GGCUGAGGUUUUCUCAACUCAGUUCUGACAAUUUAUUAACUCACACAAGAUCAGCCACAGCGUGGAGGAAACUGUGGCCGGACUAAUUAUGAGGGUUCUGUGCUUCAGCGAAGGCCUGUGCUUUCCCCCACCAGCAUGCCUUUGCUUCUUAUUAUUUUCAAGGCAGUGUAAACCACACUGAGGGGGGCUAGGUGAGGGAAGCAAGUGUCAGCUGGGGGGUUGAGGAAUCCUGUAGAGAUGCUUUGGAAAACUUUCACUCCACUUCUCUUCCUUGUCUUGCUUCAGAACCAAGGAACACCAGGUUCUGAUAUGAGCAUAAAUGUCAUCAUGGGAGGUCGUAUCCAGUUACAGCCAAUUUGGAGUCAGGAGUAUUCAUCCAGUUCAAAAUUCACUUGGUUUGUGACACUAUCUUCAAGUAAGCAGACAAUUAAAAUACUGAGUUGGGAAACAGAUAAAAAGAUGAAAUGUGAAGCUAAGCAAUUUAAAGACAGAGCUCAUAUCCAGCCUGACAACUUGACUUUAUUCAUUAACUCAGCUCAGAAGAAUGACAGUGGUUGCUACUACAUGCAAAUCACCAGUCAAUCAGGACAAACUUUUAAGUCUACCUCAUUCCAGGUUUCCGUGUUUGAUCCUGUCCAAGCUCCACAGAUCCAGGUGACUGGAAAAUCAUGGAAUAACACCUUAUGCCAUGUGAACCUGUCCUGCUUUGUUCCUGGGAACAGUAAUUUGGUAUACACUUGGUACAGAGGGAGAGAACGAAUUAAAACCUCAGGAAAGCAUGCCCAUGUACAGCUCUAUAUCCAAGCCAACACAGAGAAUUUUUAUUCUUGUAAUGCCAGCAACCCAGUUAGCUCAGCAAGCCAUACCACCAACCUUGCCCAGGCAUGUGCUAGCCCAGAUUAUAGAACAAGCCCAGGUAAGAAGAAUAUAUCUUUACUAAAUAUCACAUCUUUUUUGAUACUUUCUGCUUCCAAUCUUGCUGGUCAAGAUAAAUCAGUGCAUUCAUCAGUACAAUUCUCCAAGCAUGUAAAUCUCCUCCUUCAGGAUGAGUAUUUAUAUGUUUAUAUUUCCGACUUCUCUCUUUCUCUGAAUUUUCAGCAACCUUUUCCCAAUCAAGUAAACUCCAACUCAUCCCAUCCAGUUACUAUCUAUCAAGAGGUCCAGAAAUUCAAUCGACUGUCUAGCAAGGAGUUGGAGAUUUUCCAGCUCUAUUCUUAAUAAUGACAGCUACUAUCUGAAAUGAACAUAUUGUUGAAGCAUUUUGAGAGCGAAGAGAUUUGGUAAUAAAAACAGCUCAUAUUUUUAUAGGUCUUGCAGGUUUACAAAGCUCUCUAUUCACAUCAAUCACAUGAUGAAAAGAGUGCGAAGACUACACAAAUAUUCCAAUAGUUUACAACCUUAUCAAUGUGGACAGUCUCUCUAGUGAUGUGGAUCACCAUUCAUUUUUGCCUGCCUAUUUUGUGUGACACUUUAAUCUAAUAUCAGGGGGUCCAUCUCACAUGCUGGAAAACUUCCUGGAUCUCACAUCACAAGAAAUGUGGAAUACAAAUGGAAUACAAAGCUAUCAUCCUAUUAUCCCCUUGUCCACAGGCCCAACUCAUGUUCCUUUUCAAACAUAAACUUUGUUGUUGACAUUUUUUGCUCUAAUUCUUUUAUAAAGUUUCUUAUUCUAUGCUGCAGGAUGAUCAAAUCUACUGUGCACUUAUCCACUGCUCUCUGGUCAAUCAUCUGUAUUAAUUCUUUAAGGGCUAUAACAUUCUAUGACUUAUUAGCCAUGCAAUAACAUUGGUGAGAGUGUUGCUUUUAAAAAGAUGAAACUUUGUUUUUGUGAAUCUUUACACAUGAGGAAAUGAACUCUUGAAGCCCUAAGUGACUUGCUCAUGGUCAAACAGCAAGUUACUGUCAGCGUUAAAUCUUCCGGUUCUAUAUUUGUUUUUAGCUACGAUUGUCUGGAAUAAAAAUACAAUUUAAUCA